UCUUUGGGGGUAUAAAAGCGCGCCACUGACCACAGACAGCAUCCAGUCAAAGGUUUGGAAUCGCUUGUGAUUCUACAAUCCUUCCACAGUCUAUUUAGCUGUUACUGAGUUGCUUCCUUGGCAAGUUCCAACAGAUCCACAAUGAAAGUAUUCAUCUGCUUAGCCGCGCUGCUGGUGGCCUCGGCCUGCGCCAGCAAAACCGAAGGCGAGAAGGUGCCGCUGGAGAAGAAGCUGGACAAGCGCGGCCUGCUCGACCUGGGCUACGGCUAUGGCCACGCUGGUCUGGACACCGGCUACCUGGGCCACGGCUCCAUCUCCGGCUCCAGCUACGGACACGGCUACGGACUGACCGGCCACUCGGCUCCCGCUGCCAUCGCUGUGGGUCACAGUGGACCGGCGAUCGCCGUGGGACACACCGCUCCCGCCGUUGCCGUCCACCACGCCCCCGCCCCCUAUGUGAUCAGCAAGCAGGCCGAUGUCCACAAGACCAUCACCAUCACCAAGGGAAUCCCGGUGCCCGUCCACGUCGACCGUCCCUACCCGGUGGUCCAUGAGAAGCGUGUGCCCGUCGAGGUUAAGGUGCCGGUGCCCCAGCCCUACGAGGUCAUCCGCAAGGUGCCCGUGACCGUUAAGGAGUACGUGAAGGUGCCCGUGCCAGUGCCCCAGCCCUACGAGGUCAUCCGCCACGAGAAGGUGCCCGUCCAUGUGCCCGUCGAUCGUCCCGUUCCCGUCGAGGUGCCCAGGCCAUACCCCGUGCCGGUGGCCAAGCCCUAUCCCGUCUACGUGGAGAAGGCCGUCAACGUGCAGGUGCCCGUCCACGUGGACCGUCCCUACCCCGUCUACGUGAAGGUGCCCGUCGUCUCGCACUCCGUGGUCAAGCACGCUCCCUCCAUCGCCGUCAGCAGCUAUCCAGUUAGCUCCAUUGGCCACGACUCCACCGUCUACGCCGAUCAUCACGGUUACCACAAGUAGAGCGGAGAAGGUAUAAUUUCCAUUUGGAGCGAGCGGACGGACGGACUGUCUGGACUGUCUGGAAAUGAGCCGAAGGAAACAAAAAUCUAGCAACAUUUUCAAUUUCUUCUACUCCAGCCUCCUCCCUCUCCGAACCCAUCCAAAAAACUACAAAAGAACAAAAAAAUACAAAAAAAAUACCCUCGAGGAAGUCCAACUUCCGACCUGCCACUCUCUGUAGCUGUUAAGAACGCCCCCCCAAGAUGAUACAACAAACAAUGCCUUUUGUAAAUUAUUUCCAAUCCAGCCAUCCAAUGGAAGCCAUUGUGCUGGGCAGAAAAAUCCAGGUUUAGGAUAAAUACCAGCUAACUGUUUGUAAAUUUCACCAUUUAUGGACAGUUUAGCCGGGAAUGUUUAUCAGUGAAAGGUUUCGCCGCACAAUGAAUUGAAUGGAUAAAAACAGAAAUAUCGAUGUGAAAAUCUAUUAAGGACAAAUAAAAUAAAAAUGUAUAAAAUAUA